AAAGGUGGAUUAUUUUUAAAAUAAAAAAAACGACAAGCAGGUAGCAAGUCCGUUUCUUUCCUUUUGGAGAGAAGGGAACUCUUUCCUUGGUUAUAAAUUGUGGUUCCAUUUCAAUAUAAACCAGCUCUGCGGUUUGAUUUCAUCCAAAGCCCACGGCUCGGUUUCUUUCCCCUUACUGAAAGCUUCCCGCCCUCCAUCCCCAAGCCUCAGCCCCCAGAGUUGAGGCGGCGGCCCCCGGAGCCACAGCCUCUAGGAGGCGGUGUGAUUUUUUUCCCUUCGCCGUUUUUCCAGCCGGUGGGAGGAGCAAGUUGGCCGGGGGCCAGGGACAGAGGGAGGGUGUCUGCAACCCAAGCAAGGGAGGGGAAAUAACGGGAAAAGAGAGGGGGCGGCUUGGUUGUCUGUGUGCCUGAAAGGGAAAAAAUCUCUCCGACCUCGCAGCGACAAGACGCGCGGCUCCUCCUUUCCAAACCCGAGGCCAAAUCCUCGCCGCAGCAAUGGGAGUGGAAGGCUGUACCAAGUGCAUCAAAUACCUGCUGUUUGUCUUCAAUUUUGUCUUCUGGCUGGCAGGAGGGAUCAUUCUUGGUGUGGGAUUAUGGAUUCGUCAUGAUUCACAAACCUCAGUCAUCUUGCAGUCAUCACUAGAAGACCAGUCUGCUCCUAAUACAUUCUACAUUGGAAUCUAUAUUUUGAUUGCUGUUGGAGCAGUGAUGAUGUUUGUGGGUUUCCUAGGAUGUUAUGGAGCUAUCCAAGAAUCACAGUGCCUUCUGGGAACAAUUGCCAAAGAUCUCAAACAGUUUUAUGAUCAAGCAUUGGUUGAAUCGAAAGACAAGGAUGAGAACAAAGCAAAAAAGGCAAACGCUGUUGUGAAAACCUUCCAAGAAACACUAAAUUGCUGUGGCAGAGAUUCCUUAGCUUUAUCUUGGGUCACCAGUGAAUGCACUCUAGGAGAAGUAACAAAAGUAAGCACUUGUCAUGCUAAAAUUGAUGAGCUGUUCUCUGGAAAGCUGUACUUGAUUGGCAUUGCUGCCAUAGUAGUGGCAGUAAUCAUGAUCUUUGAAAUGAUCCUGAGCAUGGUGCUGUGCUGUGGCAUUAGGAACAGUUCAGUCUAUUGAGAAGAGGAAGAAGAGUGCAAAGAGGUGGUGCCAAUGAGACCGGAAGUGCCACUGCCUGAUCAGGAGAUACUUGUAACAAAAACAAAGAAAAUUAUGUAUAUAACUUUUCAGAUAUUAUCUUACAGAGCAUAUCAUUCUUACUUGGAAGUCUUCUUGUUCAUUUUAAGGGAUGGGGGAAGGGGGAGUUUUCUGUAUAUUUGUGGCAAAAUUAGUUACACACCAGUUUAUGGGUUUAAAAAAAGCUAUCAUGCGGAUGGUUCCCGGCCUUUAUCAAAAAUAGCCUUUCUCUCCCUCUUCUCAGCCAUUGUUCCCAUUUGAUCAAGAUGGAGUUUAAGAAUUUAUUCUUCAAGGGGUUUAUCCUUAUGAGGAACGUGGAAAGUUUUUUGCUUUAUUUUGUCCUCUGGUGGAGAUAAAGUAAAAACUUCCUGUUCCAACUUUUUUGUCUUGAUUGUAAGAACUCUUGGAUUCUUGGACUAAAUGUGUGAGCAUAAGUAUUCAAGAGUCCCUGAGCAAAAUGAAACUGUUUUGCUAUUUUGUUACUAAACAUGCACAUUUGUCAGUAUUUUUUAUAAUAAUAACCCCAUUUUCAUUAAAAAGACUUUUAACCAAUUUGCAUAAAUCUAUUACCUUGAUGUCCAUUAUGUUUCCUGGAGACAAAGGAUUCAAAUCACAGACAAGUCUUCACCAGAUACUAAUUUACAGAAAGAAAGAUUUAGCCCCCAACCUGGUCUCUUAAUUUUGAUAUAACUCUCUUUUUUAGAGGUAGGUCUAAUAAGGGCAUAUACACUCUUUCAAUAUCUUAACACCCACAUUGCUUACAUAAUUACUUCCGCUACAAAUAUUGCCUAACGUUUGCUUGAUAAAUGUGUAGUAUUCUAAUGCCAAAAAUAAUUAUUGAGGGAAACCAGUUAAAUAAUUUCUGGAAGCCUGUUCAUUAAAUGUUAUUUGUAAGUUUUUAAAGAAGCAACUACCGGUAUUCUGUGUCAUUGAAAAGAGUUUAAUAAAGCUAGAUAAUAUCCCUUAAGAUAUAUAGGAACAUGAACGCCACAAAUAAAACUUUGAAUAGGCAACCUAUAUAAAUUGUGAUGACAAAGAAAUGUUUUUUUAAUUGCAUAAUCACAGUGCAAACUUAAGCCUUUCAUACUUGUGUUCUGGCAUCAGACACAAGUACCCAAAACACAGGGUUUUUGCAUCAUGACAUGCAUUUCAUCGUUUGUCCCAUCCCCUGCAGAUCCCUAUGUUCUCUCAUCUUCACACACCAGAAAUAGAACAAGAAAACUAUAAGCUGGGCAGUUUUCCAGAAUUCAUAGCCUCAUCCAUCACGUUUCCAGACAGAUACCUCUUUCAUAUCUAUCCAGCUGAGAGCUCACAAAAUGAUCUUCUCUUUGAUUUGCUUAUGAUUUCUGACCAUUCUUCUCCACUAAUCCAUCUUUAGUGCAAAACUGGAAAUUGUUUUGUUCUUUCCCCAGUCCUGUUAACUCCAGAUGUUUAAAAAUCACCUGGGACAAUUGGUAUUGUUGUCCAAUACAUCUGGAAGGUCCCAAAUCAGGGAAUAUUCAUAGCAGUGUCACCUGUGCCAUAGAAUGGCUAUAUGUUUUCAUAUUGUUCUUGAAGAAAUCAUUUUAAUCUUAGUUUCUUCUGCUGUACCACAUCAGCUCCGGUACCGUAGAUUCAGUGUCCUUUAAAAUAGUAGUUGGAACAAAUGAGCUGGAUGUGAGCCGAAUCAACCCACAUUUACAUAAAAGGAAGACAAUUCUAAAGUUAAAAAUACCAGUCUUUUCCUAUUGAAAGAGCAGGAGGAAAAAAACUUAACUGCUCCCUUGACUAUAUUUUUGUCUCUUUUUUAAGGUAAAUUAAAAAACUAAUUUUCCUUUCAGGCAGGCGAAGCAAAUAUAACAAUCUGUGUAAAUUAGAAUCUCAGGGUAUACAAGACAGAUCAGAAAAAUUAAUCUGCUGAUUAGACAUUUAUUUCUCUCUCAGUCCCACCAACACCGCCUCUUCUCCUUCUCACUUUCUGGUGUAGAGCAGCAAACAGAUUCAGUUCCUCCAUAGGAGCUCUUUAAAUAUCUGUCCCAAAUCAAAAACAUUUUGUUUCUGGCAUCCUUAGGAAACUAUGUCUCAAGAGUCUUGCUGAUUAUGCUUGCAGGAAAUAAGGAAGACAUCUUUUAGCCUUAGAAAUAGCCUUAAAGCAACACUGCCCUGAAUGUCAAGUUUGCAUGCACGAGAAGCAAAAGCGAUUCUACCAAUUUUCAAAGGCUUUGGGGUUACAUGGUCCAGUAUAAUAGACUACACUACAUGUACAAAUCCUACGCAUCAGUUGUGCAUGUACAUUUUAUCUACAUACAUAUAUUAUGUGUGCAUGUGCAUUGGGAUUACCAGAGUACAGAAUGGAUAUAUGUAACUCACAGCCUUUUAUUGGGUGUCCAUGAGAAAUGUGUAUAAAUGUACAACUAAAUAGUCUCUGUCUUGUUUUUCCUAUAUCGUAUUUGAAUAUUGUUCAGUGUUCAGUUGGUGAUAUGUAAGCAGCCAGAGUUCUCUUUUGAAGGUUAGUUACUCUGUCCUCUAGCAACCAAAAUGGAUCAAGGGCAUUCAUUAGUAGGAUAAAAAGUUAGCUUUGAGCAAAGGACACUUUUUAAAUAGCAACUUUUAAGAUGUGUAGACUUCAACUCCCUGAAUUCCCCAGCCAGCAUGCUUGAGGUCUACACAUCUUAAAGUUGCUGAGAUUGGGAAACACUAGUGUAGAUGAUGAUUGGAUGUCCUGGCUCAAUAUAAAUUUUAAUAGGCCGAAAAAAAAUGAAGGAAGUUUUUCUCCAGUUUUUGGCAAAACCUACCUAUUCGGAUGAAAAACAGAUAUAGUUUGAAAUGGAGACAGGGGAUAUUUAGCAAGAUAUCUGCUCUUUUAGAAGUUUUUAUUAGGAGCAAAAUGCUUUUUGAGCAAAUGAAAUAGAUUGAAUGUAUACUUCUCUAAAUCAAGUAAUGUUGGAGACUGCUAGAUUUUUUAUUUGUACUUUUCAUUUUAAAAAAAUUGGCAAGUAUGUUGCUUUUGCUCCUGGGAGAUUAGCAGUAAGAACUAGACAAGUAAAAGUGUUCACAAGUUUGAAGUCUGAUUCGUAGAAUCUAAUUCUCAUUCUAAAAAGAGAAAAUUGAGCCAAUUAGGUUGACUUGAGUAGUGUAAGUGUACACAACAUUUCCAAAACAAGGAGUUUGUAAUGCUUAGUCAACAACAAAGAUAGGUAACAAGUGUCUUCCAGCUGUUUUGAAUUUCUACUCCCAAGAUUCUUUGUUUUUGUACUGGGUCUGAUGGGAAUUCGCAGUCCAAAACAUCUGGAAGACAUCAGAUUGAUUAUAUCUAGUCUAGAGAAAUUGAAGAUCCCAUUGGAAAACAAGCUAUCCACUCUAAUUACUUCAAGCUGCAGCUGACAAAUGAACAGAAGUGCAAUUCAUGUAUUGAAAAUCAAGUGAUAGAGAGCUUCUGCUUGGUAUAUUGGAUUUCCCUCCCCCCCUGUAUAUAGAUCCCCCCCCCUUUGUCUAGCAGAGCACGCACAUGCAUGUUGUCUGAAAUGAUGCAGUCUCUGAUCAGUCGUAUUGUGUGAACUGCUGUUUGUGUAAAUGUGCCUAAGUCCUUUUUCAAUAAUGACAGGAUCUGUUUCUUUAAUCUGUCUACAAAGAGCUGAGAGGUUAGCAAAAGAGACACAGAUGCCUUCCAGAUUCAAAAACUGGCUGAUAAAUUGGCUAAUGAAGUAUCCCAUGUGCGGUACCAUCUGCCAUAAAAUCAAGCCAUAAAAGUGCCUAUGUUGAGAUUAAAGGAAUAGAAAAAUUCUCUUUCAGUACAGCACUAAUGUUUGCAGGAAAGCGGAGAAAUGAAAUGUUCAUUUCUAAAAUGAGAUGAAAGGCAGAUAGAAUGAAGGCUUCAUGCCAAUUGGAGCCAAGUUCAACAAACUGAAGUUUUAUCUUCACAAGAAUUUGUGUUAGAUCUAAGAAAUUUCAUCCUGGUUAUGUGUCCCAUAUGAUAUAAAUUGGCAAAAUUAGAAUAUGGAUAUGCCUCAGUCUUAAUUUUUUAAGAUGCUUGAGGAAGGGUGGGAGGGAAAGAGAAAUUAUGAUAGAAAAAAAUCUCUUAUAAAAAGCCAGUGCAAAAUCAACGUGCCCUUUUAAGGCUGCUUAUUUAAGGAAGGCAGACCUUCUCAAUCCUUUCCUCUCUGUAGUUUGGGGAAUUCUAAGAAUUGAAAUCCAUUACUCUGGAGGGGACCACAUUGUUGAAAGUCAGUAUACUGUACUGGGAGGCCAAACUGAGCUGCUGGCAACAUGUAACUGAAUGCUUUGUUUUGUUUUAUAUAAGAGAACCUGUCACAAGCUAUGUUAACUUUUCUUCUUUGGCUUUUUUUUUUUUACUUUCAGAUAUUUCAAUAAACAUUUUCUCUAGCGUG